AUGGAGAAAAAACAUGUGAAACAUGGCGUAGAACAAUUACUUAAAGCAGCAGUUAAUUUAUCACAAUUUGCAAUGGUUACGUCAACACCUCCAGUAUUCCCAUCUUCAAUUCUUAAAUCAUCAAAUGAUACAAAUAUCAAUUCCAAAUGGUCAAAUGAUAUUUCAACAGUUGAUAAAUAUAAUUGGUUAUUACAUAUUAUGUAUGGUCGUAGUGAAUAUGAUCGUAUUCAACAAUUUAUACGUAUUCAAUCAUUUAAAAGUACUUAUAUGACAUAUAUUCAAGCUCUUGUUUAUCGACAAGAAGGACGUAUUGUUGAUGCACUUGAUUAUUUUCAAAAAUGUGUCAUUGAAGAACCAUCUUUAAUACAUAUUAAACAAGUAGGUAAAUCAUUAGCAUUACUUGGACGUUAUCGAUUAGCAAUUGAUGUAUAUAAAGAUGCAUUAAAACAUGCAAAAAAUGAUUGGGAUAUAUUAUAUAAUAUAGGUUUAAAUUAUUUUCAUUUAAAUGAAUUAACGGAAGCAAAACGAUAUUUUUUACAAGCCUUACAAGUAUCAGAAAUCCAAGAAGUUUCAUAUUUAUCACUUGGGAAAAUGUAUUUACUCGAUAAUGAACGUGAAGAAGCUGAAACAGUUUUUCAACGAGGUGCAAAUCGUAAUCCAGAAUCACCAACACUUUUUACUGAACUUGGUCUUAGGGCAUUUGCAAAAGCAAAUUAUACAAAAGCAUUUGAAUGUUUUGGUACAGCCCUUACAUUUGCUCCAACAUAUAUACCUGCUUUAAUGGCAGCAUGUCAAGUUAUUCAAAAACAUGGUGAUGCCGAUGUUGCACUAUCGAAAUAUCGUAUAAUUUAUAGACAAAAACCUGAAUGUGCACAAGUAUGGAAUAAUAUUGGCAUGUGUUUUUUUUCAAAGAAAAAAUAUGUUGCUGCUGUUAGUUGUUUAAAACGUGCAAAUUAUUUAGCACCAUUUGAAUUAUAUGUUUUAUAUAAUUUGGCACUUGUACAUUUACAUUUACAACAAAAUGCAUCAGCUGCUAUAUUCCUUCAAUCCGCUAUUAGACUUGAUAAAAGACAUGCAGCAAGUUAUGCAUUAUUAGGUAUAGCUUUAUCGAAAUUAAAUGAUACUGACAAUGCUUUACGAGCUUUUACAUAUUCUAUCAAACUUGAUCCAACAGAUCCAAUAGCUUUACUUAAUUUAGCGAUUUUUCAAAAGAAUACAGGUGUUUCACAAUCAAGUAUUGAUAUAACACUUACACAAUUUCAUCAAUAUUAUACACAACGAGUCGCAGUGACGAAUCAAAAAGAAAUUGAUAAAUCGAUGUUAGAUGUUGCUGCUAAACUACAAAAUUUACCAUCAUUCGCUCCUCAAAAUAAUGAAAUAGUUGUUGUGCCACCACAACCAACUAUUUUAUUUUCUCCUAAUAAGCCAGUUAUUGAAGAUUCAAUGAAUUUAUCAAAGUCAAAUCCUCACGAAUUAUCUGCUUUAAGAACAAAAACUUAUGAAGAUAGACGAUUUAGACAAAAACAAAGCCAACAUCAACCAAUAACAUCAUUAGACAAUACAGAUUUCGAACAAAAUGAACCGUUAAAUUUUAGUUUAUAA